CCGGCGGAGCAGGACUGACUGUGUGAAGUGGAGAGUUGAGAGACUUUUAGUUAAAGAGUAAAUAAAUAAGAGCAGCUGUGAGGAGAUGGACCGGACCGAGGCUGAUGACGACAGCUUUGGAGUAGAAGUGAUCCUCCGCGAGGACCAGAGCAGAGCGCCCUGUUGUCCCCAUGGUCCAACCUUGCUGUUUGAGAAAGUGAGCAAAGGUGGUGAGAAAGGGAGGAGGUUUUACGCCUGCUCUGCCUGUAGAGACAGAAAAGACUGCAACUUUUUCCAGUGGGAAGAUGAAAAGGUGUCUGAGACCAGGCUUCUGGCCAGAGAAGCAGAGAACCAGUCAAAGAGACCUCUGUUCACCCAGCAGCAGUACUGCAGCAGGUUUAAAAAGUUUGCCUCUCUCCCACUGGAGGAGAAGAAGUUCUGCGAGGAUUGCCAGAUUCUGCUCUUAUCAGCAGAGCAUGAGGCCCACUCCUCUCACAGAUCCACAGCCGUCUCCACGGCUCAGCUGAGGAGGCCCAGCGUGCUGCUGCUUCCUCUGGACAACAAGAAGAGCAACGCCCAGUACCUGUUCACCGACCGCAGCUCCCACUUCCUGCUGGACGCCCUGGUUGCCCUGGGAUACACCAAGGUGCUGUGUGUGGGCACACCCAGACUUCAGGAGCUGAUCAAGUUGCGAAAUCUGGAGCAGAAACAUGAGCCAAUGAAGAGUCUGCUGCUGGACAUUGACUUCAGAUAUGCUCAGUUCUACAGCCAGGAUGAAUUCUGUCACUACAACAUGUUCAAUCAUCACUUUUUUGGAGGAGAGGCUUCCAGUGCAGUCCUGCAGGACUUCCUCAGAGAGGGUGACGGCCAGAAGGUGGUGAUGGUGGCUGACCCUCCGUUCGGUGGCCUGGUGAAGCCUCUGGCCAAUAGUUUCUCUCUGAUUUCACAGACAAAGAGGAAGAUGCAGAGUUCUGACAGCAGCAGCGCUGACAUGCCCAUGAUAUGGAUCUUCCCAUAUUUCUUUGAGCCUCGAAUCCUGGAGUGUCUCCCCUCAUUGACCAUGCUGGACUACCAGGUGGACUAUGACAACCAUCCUCUGUAUAAACAUGGGAAGACCGGCAGGAAGCAAUCUCCAGUCAGACUCUUCACUAACAUUUCACCAAAAGACGUCGUGCUGCCCAAAGACGAGGGCUACAGAUAUUGCUCUGUGUGUCAAAGAUUCGUCGUGGCCCUCAACAAGCACUGUGCUAAAUGCAAUGUCUGCCCAUCCAAGGAUGGCAGAGCAUGGAAGCACUGCUCAGUGUGUGAGAAAUGCGUGAAACCAUCCUGGAGACACUGCCAGUCCUGUGGGCGCUGUGCCCUCCCAGACCACCCGUGUGGACAUGGUGAAGGAAAGGUGGGCUGCUUCAACUGUGGCAGCUCAGAGCACAAACGAAAAGUCUGUCCUUUUAAAGACAGACACAGGACCAGCAGUCAUCGGCCCGGUGCCAAGAGAGGGGGGGCAAAUGUACGCCAUGGUCCGCUCUUGAAGCCGAAAGGGAAGAGAAAGUCUGGAGCAGCUCGCAGAGCAAAGAAGAUGGCUGCUCUCUCUAAGUGACCUCAGCAUUCAUGCAGUGUCUUGUCAGCUGUGCAAUCACAAGCAACAAAUUACUUAUUUAAACUCAAAGUUCUGUUCUUUACAGUGUAAGCAAUUGUUGUAGUAAAAUAAAAAAAACCGAGAGAAGUU